GUAGCGUUUACUAUCACGUGAACAAAAAUGGCUACCAUCGAAUGGUACCCUCGGCAACGAAACUAUGAUUCCGAGAGGAAUUUCGAGGCUUGUAUACCUCAACCUGCCUCCAGUCAUCCGCUGAAACCUGUGACAGUGACAGAAAUGAAGAGAGCUGAAAAGCGUGGAGGCAGUAACACCCCACAGAAGUCCAGCACUACCACGAAGACCGAAUUUGUUGAUCCACUGAGUCUGAGUGAUCCACUCUUUCAAGCUUUGGAUGGAUCAGAUCCACUUUCCCAGUUGGCAGCGGAGAAAACCUCAAAAUCAUCAGGCAGAUCAGCAAGUUUUGAGGGUAAAGGUGAUAAAAAGUCAUCAAAUGAACUGGAUGAGACAUUUGAACCAUGGUCACUUAAAAAGGCUGGAAUCCUGGCUAGAUUUACAACCUCCGAAAAACUCUCCAUUACAACAAGUUUUCUCUCUUCUGCAGACAAGGAAAGAGUUGUUAUGAAGACACAGACUACCACAGUCAGUGACAAGGUGAAGAAUCGACUUGAGCAGCUUGAUGAUUUUGAAGAGGGAUCUGUCCAGGAGAUGUUGAACCUUAGUCAGCAGGAUUACGUGAAGCGGAUAGAUGAUCUAAACCUAGCUCUAAUCAACUCCUGGGACCAGGACCAGAGGGUCAAGGCUCUCAAAAUAGCAAUCCAGUGUUCUAAGCUGUUGGCUGAUGUGUCUGUGAUUCCGUUCUACCCCAGCAAGUUUGUCCUCAUCACAGACAUUCUAGAUACAUUUGGGAAACUCGUGUACAACCGACUCAAGGAGAAAGCGCAGUACUACCCACCAGGUAGUGGAGUUCCUGUUAAGUUACCUGAUAAUUUUACCCCAAGUCAGGUUCCAGAAUCGGCCAAAGAGACCUGCAGGAAUUGGUUCUUCAAGAUCGCCUCCAUCAGAGAGCUGGUGCCUCGCUUCUUCGUGGAGUGUGCAAUUCUCAAAUGUUACAGUUUCCUUAACCCAGGAGAGUAUGCCGAGGCUCUGAACCGACUCACUCUGAUGACGAGGGGUAUCGGCAAUCCUCUCGUCUCCAUACACGCCAAGUGUUAUCUCAGUCGGGUUGGAAUCUUGGUGGCACCAAGCAUCAGAAACCAUCUCAUGCCUUGCUUUAAUGAUUUUCUGAUGGCCUUUUCUCAGUUGCACAGUGAUAGUGUUCAGAACACGUUAGCUGUUCAGAAGCUUGAGAUGUCGAAAUACCUGACACUCUACUCCCCAGCCCUCGACUGGAUUCUUCAGUGUAUUGCCAACAAAUCUUCCGAGAAAACACUUUCAGAGAUUCUGGAGAAAUGUCAACAAGAAUGUAACAGUGCCCUGCUUGUUAACUCGAUCAUGGCAGCAUUCCAGCCUGAAUUCAUUGCCAAUCGAGCAAUAAUGUUUACUGAGAUGAUCAAAGAUUGUGAAGAUACUGGUUUUCCUAAGCACCUGCUGUACCGGACCCUUGGAAUCUGUGUGGUGAUGGCUGACCCGCCCGAAGAUCAGCGACUGGCUGUUCUCAAUGAAGUGUGGAAAGCCGUCGUUAAGCUGAAGAACCCAAUGGAUUACAUUGGGUGUGCUGAAAUAUGGAUAGAGUAUGUUGUCAAACAUUUUGGUAAAAGAGAGGUGACCACCAUUCUGUCCGACAUUAUAAAGCACAUGAUACCAGAUCGUGCGUUCGAAGACUUUUACCCACAGCUGCAGUCUGUGGUCUCCAAGAUCCUGUCUUAUCAGCACGACUUCUCACUACUCUUUGCUCUGGACAAAUUUAUGCCAUUCAUUGAUCUGUUCCAAAGAGAAGCUGUCAAGGUGGAGGUGUGCAAAAACAUAGCAGAAGCAUUCUCAAAACAUCAAGUUGAAGUUACAAAUGACCCGAUUGUUAUCAAUGCGAUGAUGUUCAUCUGUAAAACCAUGCAUGAUGCCGUAAAUGCGUUAACGCUUGACGAUGAGAAGCGAGUGAUUGGCAACUUGAUCUGCAGCUUUGUCCGACAGAUAUCCUUUGGUCGGGACUUUGAGCAGCAGCUGAGUUUCUUCGUCGAGGCACGAGCUUCAUUCAGCAACCUGGAUGCCGUGUUAGUCCAACUCAUACAGAGUGUUAAUAACCUAUCGAUUGGUACCCGCAAGGUGGUUAACGGAAAUCAUUCAAGGAAGACCGGAGCAUUUGUCAGGGCUUGUGCGGCAUACUGCUUCAUUACAAUUCCAUCACUAAGUUCGGUGUUCUCUCAACUCCAGCUGUAUUUACUGUCGGGUCAGGUUGCUCUUCUAAAUCAGUGUUUUUCACAAGCCGAUGCCUUUUUCAAGGCUGCCAUAUCACUUAUUCCUGACCUGCCAAGAACGAUGGAGUAUGACAUGAAAAAGUCAUCAGAGUCUUUCCUCUUAGAAUAUCUUCACCACUUUGUGUCAACUCUGCUUGCCGUUCCUGAUAACCCUGAGUCGGGUGUCUUGUAUCUUCUGCGCGGUCUACUGAACGUUCUGCAGGACUACACAUGGGAUAUCAAUGGCGACGCGAAGGUUAUCUUUUACACCCGAGUGAUAGCGAUGAUGUCAGCUUCCUGUCAGGAGUUCUACCUGUAUCAUGUUGAUAAAGUUGAUUCCAAUGACAUGAUGUAUGCAUCGGAUCCCAAGUAUGUCAAUGAAGUGAAGACAAUGGCCAACACUUUAGUGAAUGAAAUCCUUUCUCAUCUGAAAACACUGGCAUCACCUGAGACUGCUCGUAGACAGAGUUACCUGUCGUUGGAACUGGUCCAGACAAUAAUUGCCCAUGGAGAUGUUAGUGAGGCGUCCCUUCAAACUCUUGUCACAAAUCUCUGGAAUUUGGCUCAGAAGAAUAAACAGGGGGAUUCCAAACAAAUGGUAACUGUAUAAUUGUAUUAGCACAGAAGAAUAAACAGGGGGAUUCCAAACAAAUGGCACGGUUGUUGGACUAUAUCAAACGAAGAGGAAAAUCGUCGGAUGGCAGAGCAUUUCAAGAACUAUCCUCAAAGUUAUCUAUCAAUGUACAUUAGACCUCACAGAUGUGUAGUGACUUUUUCAUAUUUUUCAUAGCCAUGUUGCUGAUAAAACCGACUUCGAUGUCAGGAUGUGUUGAAACUUUUUCAAAAUUAAUGGUGCAAUUUUAAUACUUCAAUGUACUCUGUUAAUGUGGAAUACUGUAAAAAUAUUAAAGGAUGAUUAACCAAAAGUGAUAGUCACUUGAAUUUGAGAUCCAGGAUGGGUCAUUCUUUGUUUCAAACAUCUGUUUUUGUUUCUGUGUAAGCCUAAGAGAACAAUAUAUAUGCUGUGCCAAUAUUAAUAUUAUAAUAUAUUGUAUGAAUGGUGUUUAUGGUGUGCAUUUAUAUGUGUGUGUGUGUGUGUUUAUGGUGUGCAUUUAUGUGUGUGUGUGUGUGUGAGUGCAUGCGUGCGUGCUUGCG